AUGUUCAACUCCAGCAGCAACUCGUCCGGGAGCGGCUGCAGCCUGGGCACGGGGGUCAGCACCACGGCCAUCCCCCUGCUCUACUGCCUCGUCUUCCUGGCGGGGCUCUCGCUCAACGCCCUGGCAGCCUGGCUCUUCCUGCACGUCCCCAGCACCAAGAGCUUCAUCGUCUACCUCAAGAACAUCGCUGUGGCCGACCUCCUCAUGAGCCUGACCUUUCCUUUCAAGAUCCUGGCUGACUCUGGGGUGGCUCCCCCCGGGCUGAGCCUGUUCGUGUGCAGGUACUCGGCCGUGGUGUUCUACAUGAACAUGUACAUCAGCAUCUCCUUCUUCGGCCUCAUUGGCUUCGACAGGUACUACAAGAUCGUGAAGCCUCUGCUCACCUCCUUUGUUCACACAGUCAGCUACAGCAAGGUGGUCUCUGUGACCAUAUGGCUGCUGCUAAUGGUUAUGUCAUUUCCAAAUAUGAUUUUAACUAAUGAAACCACUAAAGGCGAUUACUCCACAAAAUGUAUAGGUCUUAAAAGCGAGCUGGGCAAACAGUGGCACAAAGCAACAACCUAUAUCUGCACGGGGAUUUUCUGGAUUGUUUUUUUUCUGCUGAUCGUGUUUUACACUUCCAUAUCCAAAAAAAUAUACAGCUCUUACAAAAAAUUCCGGAGGAGCUCAGACAUGGCCAAGAGGAAAACCAGCCGGAACAUAUUCACCAUCAUGUUUGUGUUUGUCAUUUGCUUUGUGCCCUACCACCUCUGCAGGACCCCCUACACGCUGAGCCAGACCAGCUCCCGCUUCACCUGCCAGUCCCAAAAGUCCCUGUUCUACGCCAAGGAGUUCACUCUGCUGCUGUCUGCUGCAAAUGUCUGCCUGGACCCGAUUAUUUAUUUUUUCCUCUGCCUCCCCUUCAGAGAAAAGCUGUAUCAAAAACUGCGUCUCAAGCCAAAAGCUUCAUGUCAGGUUGAAAUUUCUAAAUGCAGAAGAUCAAAUACGCUUCGGGAAAGUAUAAACAUAGUGUAG